UCUCUUCCUCCAUUCUUCAAACCCUAAUCAACCAUGGGGAGUGAUCAGGCAACCAUAGCCGUGCCCAAUGAGCAUCACAAGCUGAUGAACAUCAAUAUAAAACAUUCGUCAUUUGUACAACCUUCCCAGCCUACGCCAUCUUCUACUAUAUGGACCUCUAAUUUGGAUUUGGUUGUGGGGAGAAUCCAUAUUUUGACUGUCUAUUUCUACCGUCCAAAUGGUGCUUCCAAUUUCUUCGAUGCCGACGUCAUGAAGAAGGCGCUGGCUGAUGUGCUUGUUUCCUUCUACCCGAUGGCCGGUCGAAUUAGCAGGGAUCAGAAUGGCAGACUUGAAAUUAAUUGUAAUGGAGAAGGUGUUUUGUUCGUCGAGGCAGAGUCGGAUUCCACCUUGGAUGACUUCGGUGAGUUCACGCCGUCUCCGGAGCUUCGACGUCUUACUCCGACUGUUGACUACUCCGGCGACAUUUCUUCCUACCCAUUAUUUUUUGCACAGGUAACCCAUUUCAAGUGUGGGGGAGUUGCUCUUGGUUGUGGGGUCUUUCAUACUCUAGCAGAUGGUCUAUCCUCUAUCCAUUUCAUCAACACAUGGUCUGAUAUGGCUCGAGGCCUCUCCAUCGCCAUCCCGCCAUUCAUUGACCGCACCCUGCUUCGUGCACGUGAACCACCUACCCCCACUUUUGACCACAUCGAGUACCACGCUCCUCCGUCCAUGAAAACCAUCUCCCAAAACCCUGAAUCAAGUCGGAAACCUUCCACCACCGUUUUAAAGCUCACACUUGAUCAACUCAAUGUUCUCAAAGCCUCAGCCAAGAACGAUGGCAGCAACACCACCUACAGCACAUACGAGAUCCUAGCUGCUCAUCUAUGGCGCUGUGCGUGCAAGGCUCGUGGACUCCCUGAUGAUCAACUAACCAAAUUGUACGUGGCCACAGAUGGACGGUCCAGAUUGAGCCCCCAACUCCCGCCAGGCUACCUAGGCAACGUGGUGUUCACCACCACCCCAGUUGCCAAAUCCGGUGACCUAACAACUCAAUCGCUGUCUAAUGCAGCUUCGUUAAUCCGAACCACAUUGACAAAAAUGGAUAACAACUAUUUGAGAUCUGCUAUCGACUACCUUGAAGUGCAGCCAGAUCUAUCAGCUUUGAUUCGAGGUCCAAGUUACUUUGCAAGUCCAAACCUGAACAUAAACACAUGGACUCGGCUGCCAGUGCACGAUGCGGAUUUUGGGUGGGGGCGGCCGGUUUUCAUGGGACCCGCAUGCAUAUUGUACGAGGGUACCAUUUAUGUGCUACCAAGCCCAAACAAUGAUAGGAGUAUGUCAUUGGCAGUGUGCUUAGAUGCAGAUGAACAGCCAUUGUUUGAGAAGUUCUUAUAUGAUUUUUAAGGAUUUUGGUUGUAAUGUUGCGCUCGAUUUUAGAUGAUUCUAAGAUUUCUCUUUUUUUUUUCUUCU